AUAAAUAGGAGGGAUGAAGCCAGCAGAGAUCAGAUCCUCUCUACAGAGACCUCUACAGCACAGAGAUCCACACAUGGCUCCUACAAUCACUGCAGCAAGGACCAGUUCUCAGGAGCACCUGCCUCUGACCCACAAGCUCAGGAAGCCUCUGGUGGAGAAGUUACGCAGAGAGAGAAUCAACAGCAGCAUUGAGCAGCUCAAGUCUCUCCUGGAUCCAGAGUUCCUCAAACAGCAGCCAGACUCCAAGCUGGAGAAAGCAGACAUCCUGGAGAUGACCGUUUGUGUCCUGAGACGACUGCAGCAGCAGAAUCAUCAAGCUGUGGACUCAGCAGCUGUUGAACAGGGCUACUCCAGAUGUGUCCAAGAGGUGACCCACUUCCUGUGUGAGGAGCAGGUGAAGACACAGUCCCAGAGAAGACUGCUGAACCACUUCAACAAGCUGCAGUCUUCCUGUGAGAAGAACCUGAAAGACGCUGACUUCUCUCCUCUGAGCUCCUCAGUCCAGACCAGCAUCAGCAAAGACAAGAGUCCAGUGAGCAGCGCCCCCUGGAGGCCGUGGUAGACUCCUACAGGCUGGAGCUGCUACCAGACUGAGGGGACCACGUUGGUCAAAGAUGACUGGAAA